AUGGAUGCAGCCAUAAUGGAUGAUGAUGAAAAUGAUGAUUUUUUUCAUGAGCUCCCAGAGACCUUUCCUUCUGAUCCCCCAGAACCUCUUCCUCAUUUUCUCAUUGAGCCUGAAGAAGCUUACAUUGUCAAGAACAAACCUGUAAACCUUUACUGUAAAGCCAGCCCUGCCACUCAGAUCUACUUCAAAUGCAACAGUGAAUGGGUUCAUCAGAAGGACCAUAUUGUAGAUGAAAGGGUGGAUGAAACCUCUGGACUCAUUGUUCGAGAGGUAAGCAUUGAGAUUUCACGGCAACAAGUUGAAGAACUCUUUGGACCUGAAGAUUACUGGUGCCAGUGUGUGGCUUGGAGUUCCGCAGGCACAACCAAGAGUAGGAAGGCCUAUGUCCGUAUUGCAUAUUUACGGAAAACUUUUGAACAGGAACCAUUAGGAAAGGAAGUAUCUUUGGAACAAGAAGUCCUACUCCAGUGUCGCCCACCUGAAGGAAUCCCAGUGGCUGAGGUUGAGUGGCUGAAAAAUGAAGAGGUGAUAGAUCCUGUUGAAGACCGAAAUUUUUAUAUCACUAUUGACCAUAACCUGAUCAUAAAGCAAGCACGUCUCUCUGAUACAGCCAAUUAUACUUGUGUUGCCAAAAAUAUUGUGGCAAAAAGGAAGAGCACCACUGCUGCUGUCAUUGUCUAUGUCAAUGGUGGAUGGUCAACUUGGACAGAGUGGUCAGUAUGUAAUAGCCGUUGUGGAAAAGGCUCUCAGAAGCGUACAAGAACAUGUACCAAUCCAGCACCACUGAAUGGGGGAACCUUCUGUGAAGGCCAGAAUUUGCAGAAAAUACCUUGUACCACAUUAUGUCCAGUGGAUGGGAGGUGGACAGCAUGGAGUAAAUGGUCCACAUGUGGAACAGAAUGUACCCACUGGCGCAGGAGGGACUGCACCGCACCAGCACCCAAGAACGGCGGCAGAGACUGUGAGGGCCUUGUCUUGCAGUCCAAGAACUGCACAGAUGGGCUGUGUAUGCAGAGUUUCAUUUACCCUAUUUCAACUGAACAGAGAACCCAGAAUGAAUAUGGAUUUUCUUCUGCUCCUGAUUCGGAUGAUGUCGCUCUCUACGUUGGCAUUGUGAUAGCUGUGAUUGUGUGCUUGGCUAUUUCAGUAACUGUUGCAUUAUUCAUCUACCGGAAGAACCAUCGAGACUUUGAGUCAGAUAUUAUAGAUUCAUCAGCACUAAAUGGUGGAUUCCAGCCCGUAAAUAUAAAAGCUGCAAGACAAGAUCUCCUAGCUGUACCUCCUGAUCUUACUUCUGCAGCAGCUAUGUAUAGGGGCCCAGUUUAUGCCUUGCAUGACGUCUCUGAUAAAAUUCCAAUGACCAACUCUCCAAUUCUGGAUCCACUGCCCAACUUGAAGAUCAAAGUUUACAAUAAUUCUGGUGCAGUCACACCCCAGGAUGAGCUGUCCGAUUUUUCAUCCAAACUCUCUCCACAGAUUACUCAAUCCCUACUGGAUAAUGAAGCAUUAAACAUUAAAAACCAGAGCCUUGCACGGCAAACAGAUCCAUCGUGCACUGCUUUUGGGACCUUCAAUUCUCUUGGAGGUCAUCUGAUUGUACCGAAUUCAGGAGUAAGUUUGCUGAUUCCUGCGGGGGCGAUUCCUCAGGGGAGAGUUUAUGAAAUGUAUGUGACGGUUCACCGAAAGGAGAACAUGAGGCCACCAAUAGAAGAUUGUCAAACCCUUUUGACCCCUGUAGUGAGUUGUGGGCCUCCAGGAGCAUUACUAACUCGGCCUAUCAUUUUAACGAUGCACCACUGUGCAGAACCAAACACCGAAGACUGGAAAAUUCAGUUGAAGAACCAAGCAGCCCAGGGACAAUGGGAGGAUGUAGUAGCAGUUGGAGAAGAAAACUUCACUACUCCAUGUUAUAUCCAGUUGGAUCCAGAGGCAUGCCAUAUCCUCACAGAAACUCUUAGCACCUAUGCCUUAGUAGGGCAGUCAGUCACCAAAGCAGCCACAAAACGUCUGAAGCUGGCCAUAUUUGGGCCACUGAUCUGCUCAUCCUUGGAAUACAACAUCCGUGUCUACUGUCUGGAUGACACCCAAGAUGCCCUUAAAGAAGUGCUGCAGUUGGAGAGGCAAAUGGGUGGACAAUUAUUGGAGGACCCAAAGGCUUUACAUUUUAAGGGUAGCACUCAUAAUCUUCGUUUAUCUAUUCAUGAUAUUACUCAUUCCCUAUGGAAGAGUAAACUACUAGCAAAAUACCAGGAAAUUCCCUUUUACCACAUCUGGAGUGGAUGUCAAAGAAAUCUGCAUUGUACCUUCACCCUGGAAAGAUUCAGCCUGAACACGCUGGAGUUAGUAUGCAAACUCUGCAUACGGCAAGUUGAAGGAGAGGGACAAAUAUUCCAACUCAACUGUGUGGUAUCUGAGGAACCUACUGGCAUUGAAUAUCCACUUACAGAUCCAGCAAGUACCAUUACAACCAUAGUAGGACCCUGCGCAUUCAGCAUCCCUCUUCCUAUCCGUCAGAAGCUUUGCAGUAGCCUAGAUGCUCCUCAAACAAGAGGCCAUGAUUGGCGGAUGUUGGCCCACAAAUUAAAACUGGACAGGUACCUCAAUUAUUUUGCUACAAAAUCAAGUCCCACCGGUGUGAUCUUAGACCUUUGGGAAGCUCAAAAUUUUCCCGAUGGAAAUUUGAGCAUGCUGGCCACCGUCCUUGAAGAGAUGGGAAGACACGAGACAGUGGUUUCAUUGGCAGCAGAAGAAAAGUACUGAACU